AUGUGUAGGACAUGCCGAGCUUACCACGCACGUAGGCGACGUUGUGUUUGUAUCUUGUUAAUGUUAGAAAAUCAAGUUAACCGUUGCUCUUCUAUUUGUAAAUCGAAGACGUCGAAGCAGCGAAAACACUGGAUUAGACCCGGGAGGACAUCACUUUGGUGCGACAAUUUUGUCAACAAUACUGUCGUGUUGAUUGAGUGGCGUGAAAACUUUCGAAUGUCCAAGGAGAGUUUCAUGAAACUGUGUGACAAGGUCAGACCUUUUCUGCAGAAACAAUCCGGCUACAAAUAUGAGAUCUGCAAUUAA